CAUGAAGCCAGGUCCAUAUGGCGUAGCAGAGGAGGAUGAGGAUAGAUGGUGCGAGCAUACAGGGGAAUGCACAGGUUGCCAGUUUUCCAGUGUUCGAUACGCACGACAGCUCGUAGAAAAACGCUCGUGGCUGCUGAGGGCCUUUCCCUGCGGAAAGGUCGGUAAUAUAUUUUCCUACGAUGUUUGUUUGAUAGGGUUUAAUACAGCGAGUGAUGACGCGCGGGGCUUUGGUACAGUUGUGGUGCCUCUGUCCGAUAAAGGUGGAACCGAUCACGGCAAACGCGCUGCGGGAGAAUUGGAGCCGGGUGGAGGGCGUUGCGCUUCGGGUUGUGGCCGUGUCGUGUGUACGCGCUUGCGGCCUGCUCACUCCAUGACAAAGCAACAAAGGGGCCGCGCUAUCAUUCGCCUCCCAUUGCCCGGCGCUUCUCGCUGCUCUGAAUUAUACACGACAGGGCCCCCGCAGGCUUUUGCUCGAACCCCUUUCGCGUUUUCGAGGCAUGCGGAUGCGGGCGCUGGGAGACAGGGCGCGGCGUAAUGCCUUAGGCCGUCUGGAUCUGCCGCCCGUCCGGUGUCCGGGGUGCGUAGGCUUCUGCUGAAUCUUUUGCCCAAACUGAAAGGCUUAGAGAGCCGGCAUCUCUACGCACCUUGUUUGAUGACAAUCAUCACCGCCAACGGAUCAGGCUCCGGCCCUCGCUCCAGAAGGACCUACCUCGCCAUCUGACUCGCCCGCUUUUCGUUUUUCUGUCUUCCUCUCUAUUAUGUUCCCCAGCAGGGAGCAGGGGCGAAGGAUGCUGAUAGAUCUCACCGGAAAAGCCUCGCGCAUUCAUAUCGCCAAAUCGAGCGAAUGCCUACAAACGGAAACGCGAGGGGAAGUAGCUGGCAGUGGGUGGAUAUUAUUGGCACCGGGUCGCGCGACAGUGUGGACGACAAUAGCGCACUUUUUACAGCUCUCGAGCUCUCUGAACUGGAGGCAGAUGGGGCGCGGAGAGAUGAGGAGCACGCAAAGAACGCGCAACGGCACGCGCAAAGUUGUUGACAUUGAGGGCGCCGGGGCGCAGCGCCGCGGAGUUACAAAAUUACAUAAAAGCAGGGCACUCAACAGAGAAAGAAGCAGACAACACAAACGGCAGGCAGGAGCAGAGGGCUCGCCUGGAUGCAUUUGGGGCGGCAGCUGCAAAGGCUCCGACGGUCUUGCUGCCAAAGGAUGGGGGUGAAGGCUGCUGGUCGCCGUGUGCGCUCACUCUGAGGCGUGUGGGGCCAGCUCUUCGCGCUUCGGUCGGCCCAGACGGCGACGGCGCUCUCGCUACCGGCUUAGAACUUGGUUGCGCAAUUCGCUGGCACGGAUGGGCAUCGCCUUCGUAACCCGACCGGAGCGAGUAUCGACCUGACUCCAGGAGAAAAGCGCCGGGUCUUUAUACUAAGCGGCGCGCUGUGCGGUCCGUCGGUUUCGGCACGUUGUGCCAUUUCCGCUAGUCAGAGCGUUCGUCGGCUUUUGGUAAUUUUUCGGUAGCGGGGGCUCGACGAUCGGAAUCAAGGCCGAAAGGUGCGAAGCAGGUAGCAGGAUCCCUCUCAGGUUGGUCCCCUGGCGUAGGUGAAAGAAUACUCUGGUGCCUUUGAUAGUUUUCGCCCACCGUUUGGGGGCAAGAUAUGGCCAAGACCCCUCCGCUUUGAUGGAUCCCUUGGCUCGUAGUUUCUUCGGCUCCUGUAAUUGUGAAAGGGGUGCCAGCGUGAUAAAGAGUAAAAACAAGAAAGGCAAACGCAAAGGCGUGGCGGGGUGAAUAUGCUCCGAGCAGGUGGGCGGCAGGUGGGGGGGGCUCGCUGCGGGCAUUGACAUGAGCCAGGGCAGGGACGCGCGUGGAGGUGUCAUGGUGGGGGCUGUGUGUUUGGGCUUACUCUAUAGCCCGUUGGGUGCGCCGGCGCCGUAUACUAGUUGCCAUUGUCGCGGGUGUCUGAGUGCGCUCGAAGGUAUGCCGCGCUCGCGGUACCUCAUGAAUUCAGAAUGGGCUCGGGCUGUGCUUCGUGUGAUUAAUUAUCCAGGUGAAUAAGCUUAUCUUGUCUUCGCGCUUAGGUUUCGUUCGGGGUUAGUAGGCUCUUUCAAUAGCAUCUUACAAUGAAUAUUGCACUUCAUUUUAGCAGGCGGGCAGCAAAAUUGAUGGAAGCAACGCGACACCACCACUUUCUUAUGCAUAGGUAUCGCGGUGCUUGCCUGCGAUUCAUGGGCACACCGAGUUCGAAUACAGCGCUGAAUGGGGUUACGGAUAUUCGGUAGGCCGUGGGCCAGCUGGAUUUGCCAGUGACGUGGAAUCUAGUCCCAACAUGUGUCGCAGAUUGCCGAAGCGGUUAUUUCUUAGGGAGUAUGACUUGUUUGAUCAAAUUAUUGCGCGUCUAUCUUCAUCUUGUCGCCAGUGGAAGUGCUCCGUGAAAGAUGUAAAUCAUUGACUGAAGAAGCAAACAUUACUGGGAUGAAUUCACCGAUAGAAGCACAAGCUCUAGUUACAAAAAGAACAACAUCGUCGAUUUGGUACUAGUAAAUAAAUAGUUCUAACCGGAGAGCUAUGCGGGAAGCCUCGGAGACAUUUGAAGAUCGCUACGCGCCCAAGAUCAAGGGCAUUUGCGGGCGUGGAAAGGAUGGCAACUUCGAAGUUCUACUGGACGUGCGUGGUGGAUCACUCGGCUACUUCCUGGACGAAUUGGAUGUGCAGGUCUUCAAGGAACGAAACCCCUACGUGAAAGCCCUCACCCACCACAGAGGCAGAGUCUUAGUCUUCGGCGAGACGAAAACAGUGAGACAGCAUGUACGACUCGAAGUAGUUGCGAAACUGAUGAAGGAUCGAAAAUUGCCAAUACUAGAACACGG